GAUGUGGUUCUUGGGGACUACUUCCUCGUAGGUGUUUCUCUGUGACUGGAUGUAAAGUUCGACAAUGGAGAUUUAACUAUUUGUUCCGUGAUUUAGUACGACACCUUUUCAUAUAUGUCGCCGGAAGGCUCGUUUUGAGGCUGGUCUGCGUGCUUCAGUAGAGGAGUUUAGCUAUACGCUGCAGUGCAAUGUUUACUGCAAUAUGGAUGAUGGAUUUCUCUUUAUAUAACUUAUUGCAGUAUUCCCUGCUCCUGGCGCUGAUCGCCUUACUAUUGGUUGUUGUCUUUGCACAUGUCAGUGCUAACAUGGUAGAUCAGAGUCGCCAUGAGAAGGAGAAACACUUCUUGACUGCAGAUGGCAAGAAGGAGUCUUUUCCCAGUCUGAUGGACCCUCCAUCGCUGGAGCUGUCUGUGGUUGUCCCGUCAUACAACGAGGAACUCCGAUUGCCUGUUAUGAUGGAUGAAGCUAUGGAAUACCUGGAGAAAAGACAGAAGAAGAAUCCAUCAUUCACAUAUGAAGUUAUUGUGGUAGAUGAUGGCAGCAAAGACAAAACUACAGAGGUUGCCAUGAAAUACACAAAGAAGUAUGGAGCACAAAAAGUGAGAGUUUUGACGUUAGUGAAGAACCGUGGAAAAGGCGGUGCAGUGAGAAUGGGAAUUCUAAGCAGUCGCGGACGCCUCAUUCUUAUGGCUGAUGCAGACGGAGCCACUAAAUUUGCUGACAUUGAAAAGGUUGAAGAAGGUCUUGAGAGCAUCACUGAGAAGCCUGAUAACAUGGUUAUCUCCUGCGGAUCCAGAGCUCACCUUGAAGAAGAAGCAGUGGCUCAGAGGUCUCUGUUCCGAACAUUCCUGAUGUAUGGAUUCCACUUCCUGGUGUGGUUCUUCUGUGUGAGAGGGAUUAAAGACACACAGUGUGGUUUUAAGCUCUUCACCCGUGAAGCUGCCAUGAAAACCUUCUCCAGCCUGCAUGUGGAACGCUGGGCAUUUGAUGUGGAACUUCUCUUCAUUGCUCAGUGUUUUGAUAUCCCUGUAGUAGAAGUGGCUGUUAACUGGACAGAGAUUGAAGGGUCAAAGUUGGUGCCAUUCUGGAGUUGGCUACAGAUGGGCCGGGAUCUAGUCUUUAUUAGACUGCGUUACCUCACUGGUGCCUGGAGGCUGGAGUCUGAGAGAAAAACUCAGUAGCUGUUGUUACUGCUGGUGUGCUGUUCGUGAGCGAUCAGGAGCCAACGGUUGAGCGCACAGCCCAUUGCCACCAAUGAGUGCACUGUGCAUGCAGUCGGUGAACAGCAUUAGCAUUUUAUUAUCACUGACAGUGCCGUGACCACAUAAGGGGAUGGUCCUUGUAUUUUUUUUAUGUAAUAUUGCUGUUUUACAUAUUUUCUUUUACAUACUGUAUUAGGUUUUGGUUUGAAAAGGGGCGGAUGGUUCUCGGCCAAAUAAAGAAAAUAUAUAUUA